AUGGAACCUGCAGAGGAGUGUGCGGAACCUUCAGAGGAGUGUGUGGAACCUGUAGAGGAGCGUGCGGAGCUGUCAAAGGAGUGUGUGGAACCUGCAGAGAAGUGUGCGGAGCCUGCAGAGGAGUGUAGGGAACCUGCAGAUAAGUAUGUAGAGCCUGCAGAGGAGUGUGUGGAACCUGCAGAGGAGCGUGUGGAACCUGUAGAGGAGCGUGUGGAGCCUGCAGAAGAGUGCAUAGAGCCUGGAGAGAAGUGUGUGGAACCUGCAGAGGAAUGUGUGGAACCUGUAGAGUGUGUGGAGCCUGCAAAGGAGUCUGUGGAGCCUGCAGAGGAGUGUGUGGGAUGGGCCUUCUCCUCUCUACCUCUUUGUGAGUCACUACAUUGA